AUGACCCUGAGCUCGGAGAUGUCCGAGGCGUCGGCGCUGGCUGAGGAGACCGACAUCGAUGUGGUGGGCGAGGAGGACGACGAGGAGGACGACGACGAGCCGCAGCCCCGCCGCCGCCACCGCCGCCGCCGCCGCCGCCGCCGCUCUUACGCCGAGGACGAGGAGGAAGAGGAGGAGGAGGAAGAGGACGAGGAGGAUGUGGGCGACCUCCACGACGAUGCCCUGCUGCCGCGGUCGCCCGUGCGCGGCGGCGGCGGAGGAGGAGGAGGAGGAGGAGGAGGAGGCGGCGGCGGCGGCGGCGGCGGGGCGGGCGGCGGGGACGGCCCCGGCGGAUCGCGGCCCCCCUCCCGGGGCGGCCCGCAGAAGGCGGCGGCGGCGGGCGGCGGCGGGGCGGGCGGCGGAGGCGGCGGCGGCGGCGGGGCGGGCGGCGGCGGCGGUGGCAAGAACAGCCUGGUGAAGCCGCCCUACUCGUACAUCGCCCUCAUCACCAUGGCCAUCCUGCAGAGCCCCAAGAAGCGGCUGACGCUGAGCGAGAUCUGCGAGUUCAUCAGCGGCCGCUUCCCCUACUACCGGGAGAAGUUCCCCGCCUGGCAGAACAGCAUCCGCCACAACCUCUCCCUCAACGACUGCUUCGUCAAGAUCCCCCGCGAGCCCGGCAACCCGGGCAAGGGCAACUACUGGACGCUGGACCCCGAGUCCGCCGACAUGUUCGACAACGGGAGCUUCCUGCGCCGCCGAAAGCGCUUCAAGCGGCAGCAGCUCCCGGCCCCCGAGCUGCUGCUGCGCGCCGUGGACCCCGCCGCCUUCCUCCCGCAGCCCCCUCCCCAGCCCCCGCAGCAGCCGCCCUGCGCCUACGGACCCUACGGCUGCGGCUACGGCCUCCAGCUCCAGCCCUACCACCCGCACUCCGCCCUCUUCGCCUUCCACCACCCCUCCCCGCCGCCCCGGCAGCCCCCCGCCACCGCCGCCGCCUCCGCCGCGCCGCCGGGCCCCUUGCUGCCGGCGGCGGAGCUGGUACGGACGCCCUUCGGCUACGCGCACCCGCUGGGCCCGGCGUUGGCGGCCUCGCUGCACGCCGCCAAGCCCGGCAGCGGCGCGGCCGUGGCCCGCUCGCCCUUCUCCAUCGAGAGCAUCAUCGGGGGCGGACCCGGACCCGGACCCGGACCUGGACCCGGUCCCGGCCCCGGCAGCAGCUGCGCCUCGCAGUCGGCCGCAGCACCGGGGCUGUCCCGCCCGCUGGGGACUGCCGGCGGAGGCCUGUCCCCCGCCGCCCCCCUGCCCGCCGCCCCCGGCUUCGCGGGCCGCAUCUCUAACUGUUAA